AUGAGAAGGGGUGAAUUUAUAGCUUUGGCGUUGCGACGCCCUGUUGAACGUGGAUUGGUACCGCCACCGCACGGUUGCAAGGGUUUCUGCUGCGCCAGAUUUUCUGGUCCCGAGCCACAACGUCUUCAUGUAACGUGUGGGGGACUGAGAGGAUUUAUGCCGUGGAAAUCUUCACCUCAUGGGAGUUGCUUCUGCACUGCGCUUUCCUCUUUUAGAGUUUUUAUUCACUCGCCAGAUAAGACAAAUAUGACUUCCCCUGCAGAAUUCAUUGAGCGCCUCCAACGUGUUGUUGGCUUGGAUGAGAAGAACUCCAAGGACCUGUCCACGAAGCCAGAACGCGUGCAGGACCUUCUUGGUUUUUUUGCGAGCCAAAAUAUGACACCGGAGUCCCCCCGUGAGCAAAAGGUGAUGCUUUUUAACGUGUGGACCAAAGUUAAACUCCCAAAGCACCGUGCUCUUGUCGCCGAAUAUGUGAAACAAAACAAGUUGGACUCCACACAAAAGGUGGAUGCUGCAGUACGGGUGGUGAAUGCCAUGACAGAAGAUACUCCUUUUGAUGCAGCCGCAUUUGAAAAGGACUGUGGUGUGGGUGUGGCAGUCUCGCACGAUGAAAUCUUGUCUCGGGUGAAGGCAGCCUUGGCGGAUGAAGACCCCAAGGCGUUAAAAGUGUCAUGGAUGAAAAAUCCUAACAUGCUGCUUGGCAGGAUGAAACAGAUAUCGGGUUUACAGUGGGCAGACUUCAUCGUAGUGAAGACCGUUCUUGAGGAGUUGGUGCCACCCAUGAUUAAAGAUGUUGUCGUUGAUGAGGCGGGGCCCAAGACAAAGGAGAAGGCUCCUACCCAGGCUUCAAAAAAGAGUGACGAAACUGCAGCAACGAACAAGUGCCCACGCAGUGCAGAUUGGAAAAGUGUUGUGGAUCUGCGUUCACUUACUCGCAUUGGUGAUUUGCCUUCGGUGCAGGAGGGUACCCAGGUUCAGAUUGUUGGUUGGGCACACCGUGUUCGUCACCAGUCGCGCAUCUCAUUUGUGGUGCUCCGGGAUGGAUCUGGGUAUAUUCAAGCCGUCUUCGAUGGUGAGACGGAGCCAUUCCAUCGUGAAACCUCCUUGGCAAUUCGUGGCAGAGUGAAGCGUGAGCCCAAGGCCCAAGCCGAAUUGCAGCCCCCAUAUGAGCUUCUUGUGGAUGAAUAUGCCAUUAUUGGUAACUCCGACGGUAGUAUUGAAAAUAUUAUUACCGCUGAGAGUUCCUCUGAUAAGCUGCUAGAUGACCGUCAUUUGGUGCUUCGUGGAACCUACGGUUCAACAACCUUAAAAGUUCGUCAUGAGGUCAUCCGGGCUUUUCGGGAGUAUUUUUGGUCCACAAACGCGUACGAAGUAACUCCACCAACUCUUGUAAACGCGGAAUGUGAGGGAGGUUCUACCCUCUUUGAUGUCAUCUACUAUGGCAAAACUGCUCACCUUACACAGUCGUCCCAGUUAUAUCUUGAAACCUGUACGGCUUCCUUGGGCGAUGUCUAUUGCAUCCUUCCCAGCUAUCGAGCGGAAAAGUCCAAGACGCGACGCCACCUAAGUGAAUAUUCACAUCUUGAAGUUGAAUACAGCGUUUGUGAUUUUGAUAUUUUCCUUUCAAGGCUGGAAGAUAUGAUUGUGGAGGCAUUUAACCGAACAAUUGAGCGUGUGGGACAUUUGGUUGCCUUCAUGAAUCCAGGGGAAUUGGUGAGUCCAGAGGCAAACCCUCAUGACCCGAAGAGCUGGAGGUUUGCUCCGAAAAAACCGUUUAGGCGUCUUAAGUACGGUGAUGCCAUUAAGUUUUGUAACGACAACGGCAUUUUGAACUCAGAGACAAACGCUCCGUUUCAGUUUGGUGAGGAUAUCACGGAUCAACCAGAGCGAGCUAUGGUGGCGUUGCUAGGUGAGAUGGUGUUCAUGACGCAUUUUCCUGCAGUAAUGAAGUCAUUUUAUAUGGCUCGAGACCCCGAGGAUCCCACCUUGACGGAGUCUGUUGACGUGUUGGCGCCUGGAAUUGGCGAAAUUGUCGGCGGCUCCAUGCGUAUGUGGAAUCACGAAGAGCUGAUCGAGGCGUACAAAGGUAAGAACCUCGACCCCAGUGUGUAUUAUUGGUACACGGAUCAGCGUAAGUACGGUUCCACCCCCCACGGCGGAUUUGGUUUGGGGUUGGAGCGUUUCUUGGUGUGGCUUCUGAACCUGGACUCGGUGAGGGAGGCAUGUCUGUACCCGCGUUAUAUGGGAAGAUGCGAGCCGUAA